UGUUUUCACUUUCGGUUUUGUUUUUCUACGUAAAAUAAAUUCCCCCAGCAAAAAUUCCCCGAAAAAAUGGCAUAUAUUUUCGCUAUUUUCGAACGAAAGCUCAUUGAAUAAAGAAAAUGAGUCGGUCAUAUGCUGUUAAAGGUUCCUACGCCAGUCAAAGUGGCGCUAGACCAAGAAGAACGGUGAAUAAUGAUGGCAUGUUGCAGCAAGAAAGAGCAGAGUUUUCUGGUGACCAACAAGAUGAGUCUACACAAGAAGCACAAGCAAAUCCACCAGCAAAUGAAAGAUACCAAAGGAGAGAGGCUUAUACUGUGAUUGCACCAAAAGAAGAUAAAAGACAACACCUCCUACGAAUUCAAAAGGAAGAGGAAGAAACUGCAAGAAGACGGAAAGAAGAAAAAGCAAAAAAAGCCAUCAGGAUUACACCCAGACCUGUUGGAGGACCAAAGAUUUCACAAAGAGAAUUUAUUGAACAUCAGCAAAAAGCAGCAGAUAAAUCUCCUACAGCAAGAGCUAUUGAAAUGAGGGUAUGA